AUGGAGCAGUACGAGGUGCUGGAGCAAAUAGGGAAAGGGGCCUUCGGCUCUGCUCUCUUGGUGAGGCAUAAGCUCGAGAAGAAGAAGUGAGGACAUUACUCCCUGAUAGUGGCGUGUCGCCUGGUUGUUUCUGGUUUUAACGCCGUGGUUGACGUUCUUUCUUCUUCUGUCUCUCUCUGCUCCAAGGUAUGUCCUGAAAAAGAUUCGUCUUGCUCGUCAGACUGACCGGUGUCGGAGAUCUGCGCACCAGGAGGUUUCUUCCUCGCCCCCACUGUGUCUGCAACAUAUCUUGUCCGCAUCAUAAUCUACCUUUUUCAUCUCCCUUGAUGCCUUCUCCGUGGAUGCACUGCAUAUUCUGAGAUAAUCUCUCCCCUAAAUCCGGAGGAGAAAAAUUUGUUGGCUCAUGCAAAUACCAAGAUGGUUGAGACUAACCUUGAUCAUCCGAUUUUUAUUGACGUCAGAAAGCUUGUGUUGAGCAUGCUGUGCCGCAUGGGUAGCAUCAUUUUCUCCUCAAGUAUCACGAAUUUAAAAUUCUUUGAUAGCAUUGUCCAUUAUUGGAUAUGAACUGUAAAACGCUUCUUCAGUUACUUGAUCUUCAACGGUUGAGAGAGGCAAGCAACUGUUUAGAAGGUCCAACGUCUCAGUACUUAUUUUCUGAUUUUGAGUGUUAUAUUUUUUUUGUGCAGAUGGAGCUUAUUUCAAAGGUGCGAAACCCAUAUAUUGUUGAAUACAAAGACUCUUGGGUGGAGAAGGUAAGCAGCUGCACAAUUUCUUGACGGUCUCGCCGUUCAUCAUUGCCUGUUUUCAUUUAGAGUCGUAUAAUCUGAUGACUACCAUUUUUGUCACCAUUAUCUCUACAAUAGUUAGUUUUUUUUUACGAUGUGUCAUAUGCCCUCUUUUUGAAUGGACGACAACAAGAUUCUUUUUUUUUCAUAUACUUACUAUUGAAAAGAAAUUUAUUAUACUCGGUGUGCCAUUUUUCUACUAUUUACCUCACCCACAUCACUUCUCUUGAUUUGUCCCCUUCAAUCUGACGACUUUGGCAUGGCUGGUCCCAGGGAUGCUAUGUGUGCAUAAUCAUAGGGUACUGUGAGGGAGGAGACAUGUAAGGCAUCUUUCGAUUCAAUGCUUUAUUCUCACGGACUCCCUUCACACCAUUUAACCCUUCCCACCUCUGGUCUUGCAGGUCAGAGGCUAUAAAGAAGGCCAAUGGAGUGCUCUUCCCAGAGGAGGUCAGUCACUGUGUCGAUUAACUGCUUUUGGGUUCCUGGUUAAGCAGACGUUUCUAGUCUUCUGAACCUUUUUCUCUUGAUUACCUACUCUCAGAAACUCUGUAAGUGGCUCGUGCAACUGUUGAUGGCUCUUGACUACCUCCAUGUGAAUCACAUCCUUCAUCGGGAUGUCAAGGUUGGUCUCUUCUGACUGCAGCCAGUCUGUUUGUGGGAACUUGCGAGUCUACCAUGUGGAUGAUUCCCAUUUGUCUAAUAUUCUUUUCUUUCUUAUAAUGUUCAGUGCUCAAAUAUAUUUCUGACAAAAGAUCAGGACAUACGCCUGGGUUAGUUCAUCGGACGAUCCCCAACCUUUUAUUCUGGGUUUUCUGUGUGGAAGUAAGGAACCUUUGAAGUUUAUGUCAUAUUGCAGGCGAUUUCGGACUGGCCAAGAUGCUGACGUCAGAUGAUCUUGCAUCAUCUGUCAGUUCCUGCUGUCUUUGCUAAUGUCAUCUUUGGAUACAAGAGUAUGCUUGGUUCCUGCGUGGUUACAUUCAUUACCUUCUCGUGCAGGUGGUGGGCACUCCAAGCUACAUGUGCCCUGAACUUCUUGCUGACAUUCCAUACGGAUCAAAGUCGGAUAUUUGGUCUCUGGGUAUUGUUCACCUCCCCAGUGCGUUUGGUUUGAGCUCGUCUUUAUUUGAUGGGAAAGAUGUAGUUUCCUCAUAUCUGCAUCUCUCCAGGAUGUUGUAUAUACGAAAUGACUGCUCUCAAGCCCGCAUUCAAGGCAUUUGUAAGUACUGUUUGUUGCAUUAUUUAAAUCAUUAAUUUUAUCAUUGUUACAUUUUCUUGGGAUUUGUUGAUUCAUGGCAUGGUUCCUGCUAUCACGCUCCUCUGUUUGUAAGCCUAAAUUUUUUCUCGUGAUAUUGAGAAGAAACGUCUUCGCUCCACUUAGGAAUGCAGUUCUCUUGACAAUAUAGACAAGAAAUUGCUAUCUAUGGCGGUUGAAAAGUUGACCCAGUUCUUUGUUCGAAUGCUGUCAAUUACUCUGUUAAGAACAUGAUCAUCUUUCAUUGUUAAAGGACACUGCUUCUUUCUAAGUUAGAAUGUGAUCAUCUUUCAUAAUUACUUGAAGCUGCUGCUAUACACAGCCUCAUAAAAUGAUCACUACAAGUUUAAAAUCCCAAGCAUGCUAUAUUUUUAGCUUUUUUCUUCCUCAUUUCUCUUACCUCCAUUGAUCCCGAUCCGAAAUUUAUCCUCUACAUAUUCUGAACUGUAGGAUAUGCAAGCAUUAAUCAACAAGAUCAACAAGUCGAUAGUUUCUCCACUCCCGAGCUCAUAUUCUGGCGCCUUGUAAGUGAAACCUCUUCAUUCUCUUUCUUCUCAAGAAGGUUGUGUUGCGAGAAGUCCCAUAGAUGAUCAUCAAACCUGACACGGGCCUCUUCUUCUGCCCCAUUACAGUAGAGGCCUCAUUAGAAGCAUGCUGCGAAAGAAUCCAGAGCUUCGACCAAGCGUAUGCUCUUAUCAAUCGACCACAAUAUGGGUCUCUCCUCAUAGCUUAUAGGUUAUUUAUUUGUUUAUUUAUUUUUAUUUUUGUGGCCCACAGGCUGCAGAUCUGCUGAGGCACCCACACCUCCAGCCCUAUGUCCUCCAGAUCCACCUGAAGUCUGGCCCAACUGACAAGUCUCUCGCUGGGCAACACCCAGGGAGCACUUACUUCAGGAAGGCCAGAUUCCCUGAUGGGGAACUUGCUACUCCAUAUGUCGAGAAAAGGAGGUCUUUUGGCAGUGAUAGGACCUUGAGACCCUGCAAACUGCCCACGGACGAAGAUUCGAUGUGCUCUACGCAGGGCGUCAAUGGCUUCAUGAACUUCCUCAAUAACAAGCUGAGAGACCUGUCAUUGGGCAGCAGCCACACCAAGGAGAUGGUGGGCAUCGAUGGGGCGCCGCUGCAUGCGACUCCUGAUGCGUCCUUCACAACUCCUAGGAGGCAGAGCGAACUCCCGUCGAGGACUGUUCACACCGCUGUGGGUUACAAGAAGGUAAACCUCUUGAUCAAAUCACAGUGAAGUGCUCGUUGAUUUUUGCUAUGAGAUCCUGACUAGUUUUCUACAUAAGCUCCUACUUUAUUACUACGGUUAUUAUCAUUAGUAAAAUAACAAUUGCUCUUGGUCACAAGAAGGUACCCUCUUGAUGAAAUCACGGUGAGGUGCUCAUCGAUUUUUUGCUAUGAGAUCCUAACUAAUCUUUUACAUAAGCUCCUUCUCCACUACUAAGGUUAUUAUCGCUGGUAAAGAAAAACAAUUGCAGUUGUCUUUUUUAAAUUGAUUUUUUUUUUUAGGAUGAAACUUCCUAACUUGCUCAUUGAUUCCUAAGGAAUGUUUCUCUUUCUCUUAAUUUUGUCGUCGAAUUUCACCCGGCAUCAGAUGGUGACCCCAGUGGGGAGAUCCGAUCGGCAGGGCCGAAGGGCAUCCCUCCCUCUGCCUGCUGCCAAGACACCCCGCAAGCCCAACCUGAGCUUCCUUGACAGCAUCCGCUCCCCGGAUGUCUCUGUGAAUGCACCACGAAUAGACCGGAUCGCCGAGUUCCCCCUUGUCUCCUGCGAAGAUCCCCUCCUUCCCCUGGGGUCCGCCGCCAGCACCCCCAACUGCGGUGACCGCUCCAUCACCAAGGACAAGUGCACAGUGCAGAUCUUCCGGGUGGAAGGCAGCGACCAGAGCGACUUCUCUGAUCAUUCUCCCGCAGCGGCGGCCGCCGACGCCUCCAGCCGUGGGUCAUCGGAUUCUCGCCGGCGGCGGUUUGACACGAGCUCGUACCAGCAGCGGGCCGAGGCCCUCGAGGGGCUGCUGGAGUUCAGCGCCAGGCUGCUGCAACAGGGGAGGUACGAGGAGCUGAAUGUGCUGCUGCGGCCAUUCGGGCCCGGCAAGGUCUCCCCCCGCGAGACGGCCAUCUGGUUGACCAAGAGCUUCAAGGAGACGGUGGUCGUCAAGCAAGAAGAAGGGGGUUGA